GGAGUUCUAAACACAAGAGACCCAAGCCCACAGACUAAACUAGCUCUAAAAGUGUUCCAGACGGACAUCUAUGAGGAAGUUCCAUUUGACUAGACUGUUAUUUAGCUGUCUGUGCAUAUAGGCUUAACAAAAAACAUUUUUUUUUAAUGAGGAAGGGAAGUUUAGUUGAGGCUCUUGUGUUUAGGACUCUACUUUGAACAAGCCCUCUGAUGGCGCUGGUGUGGGCUCUUGCUGGUAUAUGGGUCCUAAGCCCUGUGUUUGGAUCCCUGACAGUCAACGGGACCAGACCCAACAUAGUUCUGCUGUUGAUGGACGAUGUGAGAGCAAUUACCAGUGAAAUGCUUUUUAUUUGGUACCUUUGAUAGCAGUUGUGUGACUGGCCCACAAAGCUUACACUCUAAUUGUAAUGCUAAAUACAGAUUGUGUUUGUUUUUAAUGCUACUUUAUUUAUAAAAUAUUAAACCAGGAAUAUUAUUUUGAGAUUUGUUUCCUCCUCAAGUAGGUCUAGGGGAGCACAUAAGAAAAUUUAUUUUAAAUUGUCUUUAAAAUGAAAAUUCAGUUUACCCCUUUCCAGCAUUCUGAUAUAUUUAAGUGUAUAUUGAUAUAUUGAUCGCCUAUAUAGUUAUGUGUAUGUUUAUUCUUUAAUAUGCAAUAAGAUUUGAAGAAAAAAACAAAAUGAAUAAUAUGUAGAUGUGUGUAUUCUUAAAAUGAUGCAUUCAACAUAUGUUGCAAAUUAAAUAUAUAGUAGUUCAACUAUAAUAAUUAUUGGGAUGGUGUUAUAUACUUUGAUAUAUAAUUUUUCUACCAUAUUUUUACAUUGUGGUAUAAAACAUGUUAAACCUUAUCUUUAAAGCUGGAGUCUGGCUGAAGAUUCUGGAAAAUGUAGUCUAAUACAGCCUUAGUAUCAAGCAUUCAUAUGCUACUUUGCCCUGUAUGUGUGUUUUUUCUUGUACAGAUGGGGUGGGGAGACCUGGGUGUGUUUGGCCAACCCUCCAAAGAGACUCCUAACUUGGACAAGAUGGCUUCUGAGGGCAUCCUGUUUCCAGAUUUUUACACUGCUAAUCCCCUGUGCUCGCCAUGUGAGUGUGACUAUCAUGAGUUCAAGACUAGUUCUAGAGAGUUAUCAUGUAAUAAAAGUUACUCCAUCCCAAAAAAGUGUUUUUACCCCCCAGCCAAACAAUACAUUUUUUUAAAGAAAAUACCUAAAAUCUCUGUUUCAGCACCAUGGUCAAGUUCUCCCCUCACCUUGAUAAUCCACAGUUGAUGUUUCUCCCCUCUCUGGAGGAGAGGACUGGGACAGAACACACAUGUGCCAUAGGUUCACCGUUGCUAGCAUAAUGCAUUAAAUGUUCUACUACUCCUAUGUUUCCUACCUGUCCUACAGAAAUAGAUUAGGUAGCUGGAAUGUUCAGGUAGUGUUGAUAAUACCUUGAUCUAAGUAAACAUGCGUUCCACUGCUGUCACAUAGGGGGAGAUUUAUCAAAGUGUCAUAUUCUGAAAACUGUUCAAAGUUCCGAAAGUGGGACACAGAAGGUACAUUCUGACUGAUGAUUUCUAAAAAUACAACACUUAAAUCUCGUUUGCGGUGGCAAGAAAGUGGCAUGUCAACCUGGCAUGGAUUCUGUUGGGUUGCCAGCAAGCCAGUCAUCCAGACAAGGAUGCUUAAUACAGACUGUUCUCUCAAAAACUGGACACAAGUGUUAAAUUAGAAGGGCAAAGGUUUAAAAAUAUCAGGAAGUAUUACUUUACUGAAAGGAUAGUGGAUAGUCCAGCUGAAGUGGUAGAGGUUAACACCGUAAAGGAGUUUAAGCAUGCGUGGGAUAGGCAUAAGGCAAUCCUAACUUUAAGAUAAGGCCAGGGACUAAUGAAAAUUGGGCAGACUAGAUGGGCCAAAUGGUUCUUAUCUGCCUUCACAUUCUAUGUUUCUACAUGGGAUUCCAGGACAGAUAGGAACAGUGUCUCAGUCUAGACUGACACCAGAUCUGGGACACUUGGUAGGUAUGUUUCAAAUGAAUUUAAAUAGACGUGACCGCAACAUACUUAUUUGAAGACUUGUCAAGUCUGGAAAAACAGAAUCCAGGGUUCAUACCAGCAUAGUACACUGGUCCUUGAUGGUAUCAAGAAGAUCAGUAGCCUGUAAUUUUCAGUGUUUUAGAAGAAUUGGACUCUUGUUUAUUUUACUGGAUUUAAAACUGGUUCAGUUCAGUGCUUUAUAUAUCUUUGUAUAGAAGCUAAUGCAAGUGUGUGUGUGUGUGUGUGUGUGUAUAUAUAAUUUUAUUUUUAUUUAUUUUUUGUCGUUGUAGCAAGAGCAGCUUUGCUUACUGGUCGUCUCCCCAUACGAAAUGGCUUCUACACCACCAAUGCUCACGCCAGAAACGGUAAGAGGUUUAAUGUCAUCACUGGAUUAUUUUAUCAAUAACUAGCUGAAAUAGAAAUAUAAUAUCUCCCAGCAUACCCACAAUUGUAAAUGAUCAUUGAUACAAAGACUAAAAUAAUCUCCCUCCCCCCUCCCCCCCCAAAAAAGUAGUUUGUACCUAAAUCUAGCUAAAGGCAAACUAGAUUAUAUUUUUGGGAUCACUUUUUCUACUAAAGCUUUCUUAAAUAUCUUUGUGCAUGAAUCUGUUAUCACUGUAGCUCAGCCAUUUUCUUAAAAUAGAGAAAAUAUAUGACAAACUUACCAUAAAUUUUCUUUUCCUGGCUAUUUCUCAUGGCAGCAUCACUUAUGGGUAGCCCCUUCCUUAGCAGUCACAGGACACAAAUUAAUUAGAUUAAUUAGACUGAUAGGUAUAAAGAGUACCUCCUCCCCUAACACCACAGUCCAAUUAUAAAGCUGAAAAAAAAGAGUGGGCGGGAACCCUGAUGCUGUCAUGAGAAAUAUGUCAUGUCAUAAAUUUUCUCUACUCCUGGCUAAUCAUGGCAGUAUCACUUAUGGGUAAUACUCAAACUUACAGAAAUAUAGGGUGGGAAUAAAGAAACCGAGAAAAAUACACUAUACACAGACACUCAUGCUGCAAAGAAAUCUAUCAGUGGGAUAAAGAAACCGUAGACAGAACACUAUUCCCAAAGGAGGUGGAAGAAGAGGCUACGUCCAGUUUGUAGUGUUUUAUGAAUGUCAUCGGGGAAGACCAGGUGACUGCUCUGCAAAUAUCAUCGUAUCGAACCUCUGCCCAAUUAGUCCAUGAAGUUGACAAUGCUCUGGUAGAAUGUGUUCUUAUCUUGAUUGGAGGAGACUGACCUUUAGAGACAUGCGCUUUCCUGAUUAUUAGCGAAAUUCAACGUAGAUAAAGAAGCUGCCUCUCCUCUUCUCGUUCUUGAAGGUAGAACAAAGAGUUGAAACUGAGAUACCACCUUAGGAAAAGGUUUUGGUCUCAGACACACCCAAUUGUGAUAGAUUUGUAGGCAGAAAGUCAUGGUAGAAAAGGCUAUAAUCUCUGAAAUUCUUCUUGCGGAAGUAAUAGUCACCAAAAACAAACUCUUGUAAGUCAGAAGGGUAGUAUCCAAAUUUUCAAGAGGAACAAUCAGAUCAUCAGUCAGUGAUUUGAGAACGAGAAAGGUCCCAAGGAGGGAUACCGGCUCUGGAAGGAGGUCUCAACCUUAAAGCUGCCUUGAAGAAUCUUGAGAUCAAAAGAUCCGAAGCUCAUAUGAUUUUGCAUAAUGCUGAAAGAGCCGAGGUCUGAACUCUGAGUGCUGAGGCUAAGGACUUUGUCUGAGUAUUACUGGGUUGCAAGAAGUAGAUGCCCAUUCUCUGAAUAUAUUCCAGAUUCUAUGGUAACACGAGGAAGAAGAACCCUUCCUAGACUGCAAAAGGGUAUUAACCACUGCUUCAGAGAGGCCUAAGUGAUGUAGUCUCUCCUUUCAAGACCCAUACCCCCAGCUUGAGGUGUUGUGGAUGAGGAUGGGAGAUUGGACCUUGACUCAGCAGAUCCUUCAUUUUUGGGAGAAGAGGUCGUUCCUGACUCAACUUGAUUAAGAGAGGAAACCAUGGCCUCUUGGCCAGACUGAGAGAAUAGCAAUAACUUUUUUGCCUUCUGUCCAAACCUUUCGCAGAAAUCUGGGUAUCAUGGGUAGGGGAGGGAACGCAUACCCCAGAUCAAAUGACCGAGGAAAAGAAAAAGCAUCCUGGCCCAUUGCCCGAUUGUCUGGACUGAGAGAGUAGAAUUUCUCUACAUGACAGUUCCUGGAAGUCACCAUCCGGUCGAUCUGGACUAUGUCCCACCGAUUGGCAAUCCAUGAGAAAGCCACUGCGUUCCAGCGCUCGAAAUGAGGAACCUUUGGCUGAAAAGAACAAAAGACCCUAGCGGUCUAAACCAACCCCCUCUCAGGGAAACACAACACAAAGCUACUGCUCAGGUAACCUAACAGAGGAAACAAAGUCCCCAGAGGGCUCCCUCCAAGGGAGGACUCCCUAUACAAGUAUGGAUCCCAAAGAGCUGCCUUAUAAGAGGGGAUUUUUGUCCCCAAUUUAUUGGGGUAAUGCACAAGGGGAAUUUUUAAGGUGGUCCAACCCUCCACCAUUUACCUUGCAGACGUGUUUCCCUCAGAACACCAUAUAUAUCUCACGUAGCAGUUUGGUACUUACACUGAACCUAACCCAGUUAGUCCUGCUCGUGCAAGCGGUUUACUGGGUUCAUCAAAUGAAGAGAGGCUGAACUUCAUUUGGAAAGAACCCACGACAAACGCAGGAAGGUGGCCAAAAAAAGAACAGUGUUUUUUUAAGUCCAGUAGAAUCAGCUAAGGACAGGAAAAAAGACUGUGGUGUAAGGAGAGGAGGGACUCUUUAUACCAAUCAGUCUAAUUAACCUAAUGCCUGUCCUGUGACUGCUAAGGGUGGAGCUACCCAUAAGUUAUGCUGCCAUGAUUAACCAGGAAAGAGGAAAUUCUAAGUAAUGAGUUUUUCCCUUGUGCAGCUUACACGCCUCAAGAAAUCGUGGGUGGUAUCUCUGACUCUGAGAUUCUCCUGCCUGAGCUGCUGAAGAAAGCUGGAUAUGUGAAUAAGAUCAUUGGCAAAUGGUAAGUCAUUAGUAGGAUCCGUACACAUUUAAAAUCACUUCCUUCUUUGAGGUUAACAUGAUACAGAAUGAGGUGACUGCUAAGCUCUCUUCCACUAGGGAGAGCAUCAAGGCACAGCUGCAUCUCUUAAGAAUUAGGAAAAUUUGCAUAAUAUCACUACACCUAUGCUGCUGCUUAAUUAACUGCUUCAGACCCACUCCUGCGUAUGCGCCUGCAGCUCUUUGUCCCAGGUGCACGGCACAGGAAAUCUCUUAUCGUUGUUCAAUUAUCCUACGAUACAACAUUUUAACUAUUCACAUUAGACUGGUAUAUGAGGGUUGAUCAAUGAGCAUCACUGAUAAUGCCCAAGAGGUGCAAAGGGUCAUACCAGUCCCAGCAAUUUGGGCUAUCUGUACUUAAAACUGGAAAAGAGAGAAAUGCUAUGCUCUAUGAGAAGCCUGUGAUUGGACCACUCACGGCCCCAGUGACAUCUCUAUAAAUCGAUAGAGGGGGACCUGCUCCACAGUACCCAAUAGGGCAUAUUACACCAGAAAGGGAUAAUGGUAACCCUUUAAGGUCUACUCUGCUGUGUUUCUUUACACAGGUUGAUCUCUCAUGUUACUGCUGAGACCUACAUGGGUACCCUACUACAGGUGCUUGUCGAAGUAAUGAGUCUUAUUGGACCUUGAGCGCCCAGCACUGCCAUUGAGAUCCCAUCAUAGACCAUAAAGAAAGAUGAUGAAUGGAUGUUGAUUUAUUUAAUUUUUUUCUGGAUUUUCAACCCUGAGUCAUUGUGUUACUUUUUGUCUCUGUCGUGUGACCCACAGAGCAUUCUUCCAUCUCUUAGCUGCCAGGACAACCCUGAGAGCUAAGCUUUUGCUUCUGCAGACAGGUUUCACAGCUCUUACCCUCUUACCUGCCUGGUGGGACAGAAGCCUGAGGCUCCAAAGGCCUUCGAAGUGCAACUUUUAUUUUGUGGCCCUCCAACCUUUUGGAUCUUGGUCAUCUAAAAACAAAGUACCAGGUCAGCCUCUGUCUUUGCCCCAUUCUCAGGCAUUCCACUUAUGCAUGUGCUUUGGUUCCGUCAAACUCCACAGUCAUCUCAACAAUUAUUCGUGGAUGUUUGUUAGUAAAACUGCUUUUUGUUUUUUGUUUUUUUCAGGCAUUUGGGCCACCAACCCAAGUUCCAUCCCCUUAAACGAGGAUUCGAUGAGUGGUUUGGAUCGCCCAACUGUCACUUUGGACCUUACAAUGACAAAGAUAUCCCCAAUAUACCAUUAUAUAAAGACUGGGACAUGGUUGGCAGGUAUUGUACCUACGCUAAGAUGCAAAACAAUUUCUUACAGCACCAAUGGUUUCAAACAUUGAGAUCUUUAAAUCUUGGUGACGUGGGCAUGCUUUGGCCUUAACAUUUUACUGCUGGUGAGUGAUGUUUUGGAGCACAGUAUAUAUGUGAGGCUAACUAAAAUGUUCUCUUUUUUUUUUUUUUUAAGAUACUAUGAAGAUUUUAUUAUCAACCACAAAACUGGAGAGUCCAAUCUAACUCAGUUUUACUUACAGGUAAAACAUUGGAAUAAUCUGCAACAUGAAAAGAAUCAAGGUUCAAAUGGGGUCUGACGUGUAAAAGUAAAGAGAGAAUCUUUGUUAGCUGCACUUUUUAUAUUUUCUUGAUUUUUAUCAGGCCAUUAAUCAUUAUCCCACAAGACUCAAGAUUAGGGCAACAGUAUUUUAUAUUUUAAUAAUGUUUACAUAACUUAAUGCAGGUGCUAUUUAUAGUGUCAGGUAUCCAGUUCCAAAACCGGUAUAAUGUCAUUAUUAUUCACUGCAUGUACCAAUAUUUGUUCAUCUACAAGUAAAAAAAAAAAAUCCCAGUGACCCCUGCUAAAUUUGCCUCAUUAAUUUGUAACUCCAGAGGCAGUUAGAUUUGCCUCUAGAUCAAUAUUAUAUUAUUACCAUGUUAUGAUUUUUACAUCUAUAUAAACAUGCUUGAAAAUCCCCCAUCAUGAAAAUAAAUGUUGCAUAUAGAGUUAUCUUGUGUUCUCUAGAAUAAACGGUCAUUUUAAAUUCAAUGUCAUAAUCAUUAUGUCUUAAAUCACAGGAAGCGCUCGAUUUCAUUAGCAGGAAGAGGAAUACUCAGCAGCCGUUCUUUCUAUACUGGGCCAUAGAUGCUACUCAUGCUCCUGUCUAUGCAUCCAAACCCUUCCUGGGAACCAGCCGCCGAGGACUGUACGCGUUCUUCAUAUUCUAUCAUGUAGUGUUUGUUUCAGCAUUCUGCUAUACAAUAUUCUACUGUUAUGUCUUGAUUUCAUUGCAAUAUUUGAUCGUACUGUGAUUUCUUGGUUUGAUUGUAUUGAAUUACUGCAAAUUUGGCUCUUGUUAUCCUUGUAUGUUGUGAUUUUACUGUAAUCUCUUGGUUUUGUUUUUGGUGUGAUUGCACUGUGAUAUUUUGUAUUCACUGUGAUCUCUUGGUGUGAUUGCACUGUGAUAUUUUUCUAUUUAUUGUACUGUGUGAUUGCCCGGUGAGCUCUUUGCUGUGAUUUCCCAGAUACGGAGAUGCAGUACGUGAGAUUGAUUUUAGCAUCGGAAAGAUCCUUGGGACGCUAAUGCAAACUGGCAUAGCUAACAACACCUUUGUCUUCUUCACAUCUGACAAUGGGGCAGCACUUAUCUCUGCCCCAAACCAAGGUGAGCAAAAAAAAGAAACCACAUUUAAACCUGUCAAUGGUAAUUCCAAGAAAUUCUAACCAUUACCUCUAUGUUUGAUCCCUGUGUAAGACAGGUCAUUCCCCCCUAAGACAGCAUGCUCUCUUUCUUAGUUCACUCCCAUGUGAUUCCCCUGCAGGUGGUAGCAAUGGCCCCUUCCUGUGUGGAAAGCAGACAACAUUCGAGGGUGGCCUGAGGGUGCCAGGCAUUGCGUGGUGGCCAACACACGUGACUGCUGGUCAGGUGAGAGAAUAUUUGAAAUCUACUACACAAUCGCUUAUUCUUACAGAUUAUAUAUAAAUACAUAUUAGUCUAUUAAAUAAAGUCAAUUGAUUAUUACAAUGAAAUCAGGAUGUGUUCUUCUUGAUUUUAAGACCAAAUAAUUCUUGUCAGCUAAAGGUUUUCAAUAGCUGAGGAUCUACAUUUUCGCUAAAUGUAUUUUAGAACUCUUUCGGUUGGGUAUUUCUGGUGAUAGAAUAUAUUUGUGUAACAUUUAUCAUACAGAAAGUGAUUGAGCUAUUUAAUACUGUUCCCAGGCAGUGAGUGAGUGAGCUAUGUACUGCCAGCCCCAGGCAGUGAGUGAGUGAGUGAGCUAUGUACUGCUAGUCCCAGGCAGUGAGUGAGUGAGCAAUGUUCUGCUAGUCCCAGGCAGUGAGUGAGUGAGCUAUGUACUGCUAGUCCCAGUCACAGAGUGAGUGAGCUAUGUAAUGCUAGUCCCAGGCAGUGAGUGAGUGAGCAUGUACUGCUAGUCCCAGGCAGUGAGUGAGUGAGCUAUGUAAUGCUAGUCCCAGGCAGUGAGUGAGCUAUGUACUGCUAGUCCCAGGCAGUGAGUGAGUGAGCUAUGUACUGCCAGUCCCAGGCAGUGAGUGAGUGAGCUAUGUUCUGCUAUCCCAGGCAGUGAGUGAGCUGUGUACUGCUAGUCCCAGGCAGUGAGUGAGCUAUGUACUGCUAGUCCCAGGCAGUGAGUGAGCUAUGAACUGCUAGUCCCAGGCAGUGAGUGAGCUAUGAACUGCUAGUCCCAGGCAGUGAGUGAGCUAUGAACUGCUAGUCCCAGGCAGUGAGUGAGUGAGCUAUGUAAUGCUAGUCCCAGGCAGUGAGUGAGUGAGCUAUGUAAUGCUAGUCCCAGGCAGUGAGUGAGUGAGCUAUGUACUGCUAGUCCCAGGCAGUGAGUGAGUGAGCUAUGUAAUGCUAGUCCCAGGCAGUGAGUGAGUGAGCUAUGUACUGCUAGUCCCAGGCAGUGAGUGAGUGAGCUAUGUAAUGCUAGUCCCAGGCAGUGAGUGAGUGAGCUAUGUUCUGCUAGUCCCAGGCAGUGAGUGAGUGAGCUAUGUUCUAUGCUAGUCCCAGGCAGUGAGUGAGCUAUGUACUGCUAGUCCCAGUCAGAGAGUGAGUGAGCUAUGUACUGCUAGUCCCAGGCAGUGAGUGAGUGAGCUAUGUUCUGCUAGUCCCAGGCAGUGAGUGAGUGAGCUAUGUACUGCUAGUCCCAGGCAGUGAGUGAGUGAGCUAUGCACUGCCAGUCCCAGGCAGUGAGUGAGCUAUGUACUGCUAGUCCCAGUCAGUGAGUGAGCUAUGUACUGCUAGUCCCAGUCAGUGAGUGAGCUAUGUACUGCUAGUCCCAGGCAGUGAGUGAGCUAUGUACUGCUAGUCCCAGUCAGUGAGUGAGUGAGCUAUGUACUGCUAGUCCAGGCAGUGAGUGAGCUAUGACUGCUAGUCCCAGUCAGUGAGUGAGCUAUGUACUGCUAGUCCCAGUCAGUGAGUGAGUGAGCUAUGUACUGCUAGUCCCAGGCAGUGAGUGAGCUAUGUACUGCUAGUUCCAGACAGUGAGUGAGUGAGCAAUGUACUGCUAGUCCCAGACAGUGAGUGAGUGAGCUAUGUUCUGCUAGUCCCAGGCAGUGAGUGAGCUAUGUACUGCUGGGUCUAAGCAGUGAAGAAUAAGAACCAGUUUCUUUGUGCCUGUAUCACAGUGGAAGUAAAAAGCAGAAGGAGCUCCUGGGCAGACUAGCGUGCCUGUGUCUCAGUGAUAGUAUCCAUAUCUGAUUGUCUGCUAUAAUUUAUUCCUUCCGAUACAGACGGCUCCUUUCUAAACCAUCUCCAUAAAGUGAAAAAGAAAAGGUGUUUUUAUAGAAUAAAUGUUAUCUGCUUCCGUCUGCAUGCACGCUUUGCAUUAUGUCAGCGUAUUCCUCCUGUGGAUACAGUGCAGAGAUCAGACCUGUCGUCCCUGGCUGAUAUCAGUGUGGCGAAUCUCUAGCCUUGUGUGAGGACAGACUGAUUGCGCCUCCUCUGUCUGGAAUACACUGCGUGCUCUAUACUGUCUGCUCGUCCUCUGAAUGCCAGACUAACUCUCUACAUCACUGUCCAAGGUGAUCAGAGGGGUCGGGAAAUGUUGAAUUUUUUAUCCCAUUUUUUUAAAACUUGCUCAUAUUUAAUAAAUGUAUACAAGGGUUAAUGACGGUGAUCACAUCCAUUCAGAUCCUUAGGGAUAAAAGGCAAAAUCUACCAGCUAAUGAUCCCAUCUAAUAAAUGAUCAAAUAAUUUGAGUUGUUUUUAAAUAAUUUACUUUAUUAAGUGAGAAAUCAAAAAGCAUCUUAUGCUACCUUUCAAAUCGCUAAUAUUUCACAAGGCUCCACUGUUUAAGCAUAUAGGCUUUAUUUAUUAAAGGGAGAAUUCAAAGUGAAAUUUACAUUUCAGGCCAGAUUAGCCGAACUGAAAGCGUAGCUGACUUAGAGAAUUUUUCCAGUUUGGCUAUUUUGGCCUUAAAUUUGAAAUUUACUUUGUAUUCCCCUUUAAAUCUGACUUUAGUUAAUAACUCUGUUAAUGUCUUCGCAGUCCUGACGUGUUAUCACCCGCCGCUGGUUUUAUUCACUAAACAGCGACCUGUAGUGAAUUGAAAAUAUUAUUGCUACACUUAGGCUGAAAUAUCCGAUCUGUGAAUAUAGCUGAAUUGGGGAAUAACGGGGAUUUACCUAAAAUUAAAUAGCACAAGCAAUCACCUUGUUUAUUGUGCAGGAUUAAAUAAUUUAAAGCAAAACAAACAAAAAUUGUUGUUACAAAUUUGGCCGAUCUGUUUCCAAAGAGUUAGAGGAACUCCAAAAGACUCCUAGUACCUAGCUAAUUAAAUAUUUAUUCCUUCUGGAAAUUUUCCAAAUGUGCCAACUGAGUGGUAUUUUAAGUCCCCUCUACAGGCUGGAUGGGAAUAUUUUUUUCAUAAGGUCAGCCAUUCACCAUAAAAGGGGCACAUAGUGGGUUAAUAAAUCCCAUCUGUUUAUAUCAGCGGAUCUAAUGACCUUCCAGGAGGACACAGCAGACAGCAUGUCAUUUUAGCUGCAUUCUAUGUGUUUCUAGAGCUCUUACUAGAUUGCAAGCUCUUUACUGCCUCCUACAUGCUGUCCUACUGAUAUAACUAUCAGUUGCUUGAUACCCCGUAAACACUCCAUGUCCAAUGUGUUUCUGCCCUAUAGAUCAGCUACCAGCUGGGCAACGUUAUGGAUCUGUUCACCACCAGUCUGUCCCUGGCAGGACUGGAUCCUCCUGGCGAUAGAACAAUUGAUGGCCUUGACCUGUCUGCAGUCCUCCUGGAGAGCAAGGUGAUGGACAGGUGAGGCUUACUGCUCUAUAGACUGCUCCUGCCAUCUGCUCUAUACAGUGAGGCAUCCAAGGGGGCAUUAUGGCUAACUAGAAGACCUGAGUAAAAUUGCAGGGUUUUUUGUGUUUUAUUUUUUUUCCCCACAAUCUUUAUUUGUUAGAUUUUGACAGAGCGAUACAGUACAAUUUUAACAGAAACAGACAAAAUGUGAUCAAGGCAGACAAUACAAACAUGUCAGUUGAGACACAUACAACGUGAUUCUCGCAGGGUAAGUAUUCCUCAUAAUCUACAAAAUACACAAUCCAGCGCACUUGCUUAUUCACUAAACAAUAAUUUCAUAUCUCACAAAAAAAUAAUAGGGGUUGGGGCGGAGCCUAACCACAGAGCCGAAUGGACGCUGCUCUCCACGGCUCCCAAGUAUCACCGAGCAAUCUGCCACACAUCUCAGGUACGGGGGACCAUCGGCCUGUGAGACCCACAGCUCCAGGGCUACCCACCAAUUCCCUUUUUAUAUACAAACUCAGGCAAAAAAGGCAUCCGCAAAUCUCGGGCCUACCUCGCCCUCCAGCCAGCAUCACAACUGCCAGCGUUGUCCUUCCCGAGCCCCGAGGACUGGUAUAGCCUGGGGGCCGACUACCAGCAACGAAAUGGGGAGGCGAUCACAAAAGCCACAACAAGCUGCACCCAGGGACUCACAAGACAUAGGGGCCCUACUACAGCGCACUGAAGGCCACAAAAUGGCGGCCGACCAGGAGACUGGCUCCACAGGGACAGAACAGCAGACACAAGAACGCAGAGUAGACCGGAGAUCUGAAUCCCCCAGCAGCCCACCAACAGAAAGGGAUGACUCCGCCCCAGCCACUAAAAACGAUAUCCGACUCUUGCUACAAGAAAUGAAGCAGAUGUUCGAUGUUGAUUUAAACCUAAUGCGCACAGAAAUGCAUGCAGUGACAGCACGAGUACAGGCCUCUGAAGAGGACAUACUAGACCUCAGACAAGAGGUAAAAAGUAUGGGAGAUACCCUGAAACACUUACAGUCGGCGAACACAGUGCUCUAAAACGCUCUGGACGCCAUGGAAGACCGCAGUAGGCGCACACAUAUUAAGAUGUCUUUUUCCAAGACAUUACGCGGAAAACCCUACUCUGGAGAAAGUCCUUGAACAACGUAACGGAACAACUGCAGAAAGGGAAAGUGGAGUACAGAUGGCUGCUGCCGAGAACCUUGGCGGUCAUCAGCGGAACGGAGGUCCUAAGACUCACCUCACUCUCAGAGGCCCCUGCGCUCCUCCAAAAACUGGGACUGACACAGAACACCUCAACGCCGGGCACAACAACAGCCCCCCACUCAUGGGACCCAGGGAGAACUGUUCCAUUCUUUCCCAGGGGCAACAGGAGACAGCGACCUGAACACCACAUAAAAUGUAUACCACAAAUUUCCAUGCUCUGCUGUUCUCUUCUCUAAGUUCACCCUACUACUCUCUCUGCACCCCAAGUUUGACUAAGGCCACCCCCUACAAAGACCGAGAUGUACACCCUCCCCCCCACCCCCGUGACCCCCUUUGGUUAGGGGUCGACACUACCCACUGUACCACGCGUAGCAUACCCGACACACAACCUACACCAAAGCACUGACAGAAACGCAUGACCCACACCGAGGCAUACACGCCACCAUAAAAGGGGAUAAACGACAACUUAACCACCUUAUGCCUCCCCCAAACUGCCAAGGAAGGUGCUAAUCAACCAUUUACAAGACUCUACUACCAUACACACACUCGAAAUAUUCACCCACACCCAGACCACCCUAUGGGUACCAAUAGCAUGGGCACACUUGACACACAAGAAAAAAGAAAAUGUACAGACGCAUUUCCACUAUGUUCUCCCUGACCACAUAGGCACAAGCUAACUCCUUCGACCAUUGAACAGAAAGACAAACACAACAUAACUGCUACCUACUCUUAGUUCCUAUCAAUAUGCACCUGUAAACGUAUUGCCUAACUUUGAACAAAGCUAUUAACAAUGCCGAUUGCCAAUUUGUCUAUGCUGAUAAGGCAAUGCAAGUAUGUAAGUCACAUAACUGAAUGCACUGAAAAUAAAGAAUAAAAAAAAAAAAUAUAUAUAUAUAUAUAUAUAUUAAUAAUAAUAAUAAUAGGGGUUUAGUAUCCUGGAAUGAGGCACCUGUGAAAAAACCAAGGAGUUGUCCUGGCCUCCUAAAUAUAUAAACCUGAACAUGCAUACAUUAUAGAGUGCUGCUGGGGCCAAUAUAUACAAAAUACACAAUCCAGGCCAACUCCUUGGUAUUGUGGCAGGCUUAUGCAAUACAUGAUCAUAUAAUGUAACUAAACCCCCAUUAUUUUCUGCCUAGGUGAGGUAAGUUACAGCUCUCUGCCAGCCCCCUUCCUACACAGUGCACACCACUGGACCACCAGGGAAUGAGAGCCCCCCUCCCUGGCCAGCUAACAAGCAGGGAGGGGGAACGAAAAUAAAUAUAAAUAAAGAUUUAAAUAAUAAUAAAAUAAUAUAAUUUUUUUUUAAAUUAAUAUUAAAAUAAUAAUUUAAAAAAUUAAUAAAAAUGCCCACCCCCACCAAGGCUCUGCAUCACACACACACACACACUGCAUUCAUGCACUCAUACACACACACACACUGCACUCAUACACACACACACACACACACCGCAUUCAUACAAACACUCUGCAUUAUAUACACACACACUGCAUGCAUACACAUACACAUACACACUGCACUCAUACACACACACUGCACUCAUACACACACACUGCAUUAUAUCCACACACACACUGACAGUCAUACACACACCACAUUCAUACAAACACACUGCAUUAUAUAUACACACACUGUAAAUAAAUAUUCCAUUAAUAUAAUUUUUUGGGGAUCUAAUUUUAUUUAGAAAUUUACCAGUAGCUGCUGCAUUUCCCACCCUAGUCUUAUACUCAAGUCAGUAAGUUUUCACAGUUUUUUGGGGUAAAAUUAGGGGUCUCGACUUAUAUUCGGGUCGACUUAUACUCCAGUAUAUACGGUAUUUUUGGCUAUCCCCAGGAUUGUGUGUAUAGAAUUGUAUACGUAUGUUCUGUCUUUUCUAUAGCUGUUUGUUCUAAGAUUUGUGUGUGAAGUCAGCAGCUCUGCAGAGUUUGUUGCUGCCUGUCUACUGAGCUGUGUUUAUCUUGGUUCACACAGGCCAAUAUUCUAUUACCGGGGCAAUGAGCUGAUGGCAGUCAGACUAGGCCUGUACAAGGCUCAUUACUGGACAUGGAGUAACUCUUGGGAGGAGCUGUCACAGGUAAGUACUAACCUUUUCUGCUGAGAUUUGGCUGCUGUAGAUCUUGCCUAGCAAACUAUUUAUGGGUCGGGAUGUAUUUUUGCAUGAAAAUUACUCUUUGUAUUCUCCAAUUGCUUAAAGGGACACUCCACUGCCCAAAUACAAAAUAAAUAAAAAUCACUGUUUAGUGUAUAUACCACCAAUGAAAACAUAAAUGCAUUUAAGUAUGCUUUCUUUUUUAAUUUUAUUUUUUUAUUGGGAUGAAUCUAAAAAUAGUUUGCAACACCUGUAGUUCUCCUGUUUGCUGCCUUUGAAAGCCCUCCCCUUCCAGUCCCACCCAGACUUUCUGUUUCUGUCCAAUCACAGAAUUCCCAAUACAGCCUAAUGAGCAGUCAUUGCAAGGCAGGUGUUCUGGGCAAUUACUGCCUCUUGAGUUUAGCUCUACUGAGCUAACCAAACCAGGAAGUAACAGGACCAGUUGUCUGAUUGAAAGCCAGGGGUUGUAACCACGCUAAUUUAUAAAGUGUCAAUUUCUAUAGAAUCUGCACUUUUUUGCAAAAUGGAGAAAAGGGGAAAAAAAAGACACACUCUUCACACCUAAAACAUUUUAGCUUGCUAAAAUGAUUUAGGGGUCUGGUGUGUCCCUUUAAUCUAGUGUUCUGAACACAUCUGUGCUUCCUAAAAUGGCAUGCUAGUGUCAUUGAUUCAAUAUGGCUACCUCUAGUGCUGCAUAGGUUGUAUCUUGUACGCAGUAUGUUAAUGCACCAAUUGUGGUACCCUGUGUCAAACCACAGGGAUGUACAUUGUUUUCCUGGCAGGGUUAGAUCUGGCUCUAAUAAAAAACAAUUGCCCCCAUUGCAGAAAAGUACUAUAUAAAAAAUGUUAAUGUAUAUAUUUUAUUUUAAUUAUAAUUAGGCAAACUAUGACAAUCAUGACACAUAAUGAUAUUGUUGACCUCAAGACGUUUAUCAUUUUAUAUUUCUGUAUAGAAAUUUUUCCUUUUUCGUGUUAACACAUAAAUCAUAGUCCCAAAUGUCUAAAUAAGGGAUUUUCCAUUUCCGAAGCUGUGGAUUAGGAUCCAGAGCACGGAUGAUGUAAUCUGAGGUUUUUGCAAAAAUAGAAAUCAAUCCAGCUGUUCCCUAUGAGCAAACUGUACUCCAUAAUGAUAAUGAGUAUAUAGAUCUAAUGUACAUUCACACCCUGCUAAUCCAGACUUGUCAAUAGGCAGCUCGGGGCUCCAAGUGACCCUUACUGUGACUGUCCUUUAACGUGUUAACUUCUCUCAAUACUUACAGCUCUGUGUCCUGACAUCCUUUGAAUAUAAACUGUACAUGUAGCUUGGACAUAUACUGUUAGUCUGGUGGCAGAGGCACUUUAAUUAAAAAAUGUAAUAUAACCACUUUAAGGGCAAAUGUUUGAGUGACAUUAUCCCUUUAUUUCAUAAAAAUAAGGAUCAGUACUUCUAAAGUACAUCAAAGCUAAAUGCUAAUCAUAUAAAACGUAAUACAACAUUCCCUAAAUCUAUGUAUAAUAUAUGUGCGCAAUUGUUGCCAUGUGUUUGUCCUCUGUAUUUGUUGAUUGUAAGACUCAAACCACCCUGUGUAUAGGUUACAGCAAGUGAGGCAGAUUGAAAUAUAAAUGCAAGAUCACCUCCUGGAGACUUGUUUUUAUUCAAUAUAUAUAAAUACAGCCGUACAGAUAGUCUGCCAGAACCUUGCUGUUGUACAAGACUCUUAAAGUCCAUUAGUACUUAGAUGGCUGAUGGGUAGAUCUCUAACUGUUGUCAAACUACAGCUGGCAUGAUACCUUGCCAGCCUUAAGUCUGGUAAAGCAUCAUGGGACGUGCAGUCCAGCAACAUCUGUGCCACCUCUGCAUCAAAGCAAACUAUUCUAAACCUGCCUAACACAAACUAUCUUGAAAUCCAUUGCAGAGGUUAAAAACCAAACCCUGUAUCAGAUAAAUGGCCCAAACACUGCAAGCAUGGGCGUGCAUUCAUUUGAGGAACACGGCUGACAUCUCACUCAGAGGGCAGCGCAGAUUGUGCUACCCCAGGAAUGCGUGCCCAUCACUCUGCACAGCUGAUUAGGGCCAUUGCAUAAAAUGCUGCAGGGGAUAAUCUCAGAUCUGUCUGGAUAACUCUUUGCACGGACACAGAAUCAAUGAAGCGAUUUAUCUCCAGGGGAUGAAAUGCAAAUCUCAUUUAGACCUGAUUUGCCCCCUCUCAUUCAGGCCAAGGAAAAUAUCGAGCAUCUCCCCCAUCCCCCUCCAGUCCCCCUGUCCCUCCUGAAUUUUAGCUUUGGAAUCUGAAGCUGUGUCUAUGGGAUUCAAGCCCAUUGCAUUUACUGAGAUCUGUGUGUCCUUCUCUCAAGCACCCAUCUGUAAAAUACCAGCCAUUCCCCAGGUUAACCUUCCUCCAGCUGUGAUCAUCUUCUGUCUCCACUUUAAAACUCUUUGUAUUAUUUAGAAUAUAGGCACCUACAAAUCUAGUGUCCAUUUUAUUUUAUUUUUGUAUUAUUUAAAAUAUAAGCACCUAAAAAGUCAUAUAUUUUUCCCCCCAAUAAAAUAUAUAUUUUAUAACUUAGUUUAAACAUCCCACCCCCCAUCCUCUAGCCACAACUAUUAGUCGCAUCAUGUUUUCAGUUAAUGGCUCUAAUAUUAAGGCAAAACUGUCACUUUUCUGGACUUUACAUCUUUUGACUAAAACAUUGAGAAUCACCUAUAACGUAAAUGUCUGUUAGUCCACCCUUUGUACAGCGCUACGGAAUCUGAUGGCGCUAUAUAAAUAAUAAAAUAAUAACUUGCGUUAACCUGGAUUGCAUGUGUUGCUGGUUUUUUUUUUUAUGUAUCUAAAAGAUUUAGCAAGUGACGUCCCAAUCCGGUUCAGUACAGGCACAUAUUUACUAAACACAGCAAUAUAAGUAAAAUGGUAUUAAUAUCCUAUGAAGUGUUCCUCUUGAAGCCGGAAGCUCAGAGUUGAGAGAAUGUAAAAAUGUAAAGCAUGUGCUCCGGGUCCGGUAUUGCUGUAUGAGUACAGGUCCUUGAAGGGGACAAACAAGAAAAAUAGAUUUUUAAUUAGAUGUAUAUUUUAAUAUAUGCUAUUUCACAAAGCUGUAAUUAACAUAACCAUGUUGUUUAACAUAUAUUAGGUUUUUAAUCCAUCCUUUAGACUCUAUUGAUAACAUCAUUAAAAAAAAUAUCAGGGUGCUCCCAGUGGUCCAUACAGUUAGAUUGACUGCUGUAUGUAGAAUAUUUAGGAAUCACAGCAACUAACUAAUGGCAAUUAACUAGGAACAAAUGCCUCCAUAUUGAUUAAACAAAAAGACUAUUACUUUACAGAGCAGCAAAUAUUAAUCAGUUCUACAAUAUAUCAAAAGUUAAAGGACCACUAUAGGAAUCCAGACCACUUAUUCUCCAAGGACUGGUCUGGGUGCAGUGGCCCUGUAGUGGUAGAUACAGCAAAGUUUAUAUUACCGAGUUAAAUACACCUCUAGUGGCUGUCUUCCUUACCGCCACUAGAGGGUGCUGCAGGGGCAAUAACUGAGUUUGACUUGGUUAUGUGACAUUCAGCGUUGAACAUCUUAAAAUGCUAAUCAUAGGGAAACAGUGGGUUUAAUGUUUCCCUAUGAGAAGCAUUUUAUUGGACACUUGCCACUCAUGCACUUCUCAUCCCCAAUGCGCCUCUGCAGGAAAGAUUGGAUGAGAAGAGGUAGAGAUGCCAGUGUGACAUCGCCUUUCAGCGCUGAAAACAAAGUAAGUAUAUUUAAUUAGCAUUUUUCUGUACACAAGGGAGUGGACAGAGGUCACGGUAAGAGUAGGGAACAUGUAUAUUGACAAAAAAACUAAACUUAUUUUCACAACUGGGGGUUCCCUUUAACUUGACAAAUGUGAUGUGAAUGAGUUGUUGAUAAAUAGAACUGUGACAUUUGUGCCAACAUGAUUUGGAUUACAUUACAGACUUGCAUAAUAUUGGAGUAUUGUAUAUAACAAUUAUCUUCUUAGAGAACCCGAUCUAUUAAUGGCAGCUGAUCGCUGGGGCCUUGAUAUAAUCUAUAAAUUAGAUGGGGAGCUAAUUCAUGUGCUUGGUUUCAGGGUAUUGAUUUUUGUCCAGGGCAAAAUAUCACCGGAGUAACGACACACGAUCAAGUGGAGCACAGUAUCAACCCCCUCCUAUUCCACCUUGGGAGAGACCCCGGGGAGAAGUACCCUAUAAGGUGAGUCUAGCCACAAUCCACCACUGGAUGCCAGAGCCGUGACUGAGAGAGUGCUUGUAACCAGUGACAAUGACUGACAGACAGUCUAAUCGAUCCUUACCCUGAAUGCAGGGACUGAUGGCUCAUUGCAAUACAAGGUGACAGUGAUGCAGAUAAAAGCCAGACAGGUAAAGAGGGAGGCAGGAUCUCUGCACAUGGAUUGUCCCUGGCACAUGUGACAUGCAACCAGGCCCCGGGUCCCACAGGUCUUCCUGGCAUCAGGAAUGUGACCUUGGUGUCUUGUAACGCAGCUGCUCCCCGUACCGGAAACGCGAGCAAAUCACCAAAGGGGCAAUUAGAGUAAAUGAAGCGAGCUUUCUGCACACCUGUGCUCGCAGGCCCGGGGGACUGUGCAGGCAGGUUUAAGAAUGAGGUGGGGGGGGGAGGGCAUAAGUAAGUAAAAUGACUCCCAGAGCAGCCGAUGUAUUCUCUAAACACAGUCUUUUCUGCAUUAAAAGUACAUUGCUCUUUUACUCCUCCCUGUACCUCGUUGUUUCGUCUGCCCUGCCAGGUGUGUGACUUUGGCAUUUAAUGGAUUAAUAAAGUGCAAGACCCAAGACUGGCUAGACUCUAGUCUAAGACAAGUGGGUGGCUGUAUUGGCCAGUGUUCUUCCGCAAAGGAAACACAUAUUGGGCUACCCUGAGCAGGUGCAUGCAUUGUUGACCCUUGCAGUGCAGAGGCGCUUGCUGUCGUUUAACACUCUUUCCUCCUGUUUUGUAGCGUUCUGAGUGCAGAGUACCAGGAUGCUGUUAUCAGGAUUUCCUCUGUGGUUAAGCAGCACAGGGACACAAUGAUCCCCGGGGAACCUCAGCUCAAUGUGUGUGACCUGGCUGUCAUGGUGAGUACAUUUGUGUCUCCAGAUGUCACUGGGACAGCAGUUGUUAAAGUCGUGUCUGCAGAAAGGGCCUACGAGAAAAAACACAUAAAUAUAUUAUCAUACCACUGCCUUGUAAAAUAUAAAAAAAAUUGUGAUAAUUAGGGCAGGAAUAAAACAAUCUGGGAGAAGAAUUUGGGGAACACCGGGUUAUGCAAGUACUCGGUUCAGGUAGCUGAGCUGGAAUUAUAAUUGAGUUUGAGUUUCAAUCACAGUUUGAUUAAACCCCAUAACUGCUCCUAGAGAGUUUUACUCCAGAUCUCGUUAGGUCCAAUCAUCGCUCAUAAUUUCAAUGGCCAGAUCUCCUAUUGUGAGCUUUGUCUGUCUGUCAUGCAAGCCAGCAGUCAUUUUGAGCAGCUAUGUCGUUUUACUUUGCAGCAGAGAGAAAGCUAGCUCACUGUCCGUCACAGGAAGACCAUCACAUAAAGAUUGUGUCCAAUUCAUUCACACACUAUUCUUCCCUUCAUUUUUUUAGUUCUUAUUUUGUGCACUUGUCCCAUACGUCCCUCUAGAACAUGGUUAUUCUAAUAAUAAUCCAACACUGAUCUACUUAAAGGGAAAUUAGUGCCAGGAAAACAAUAGAUUUCCUCUCUGUCAAGGCCCCCUCCCGCAGCACUGAAGGGGUUAAUAACCCCCUUCAGUUACUUACCUGGGUUCAGUGCCAAUGUCCCUCGGCGCUGGCUCAACUCCUUCCACGCAAUGGCCGUGCUUACAUUAGGAUCUUUCCUAUGGGGAAAAUCUGACGCUGGAGGUCCUCAUGCAGAGCGGGAGGACGUCCAGCAUCAGGUAAUGGACCAAAAGUCUGUUUCAAUUCCGGAAGUCCCUCUAGUGGCUCUCUGGUAGACAGCCACUAGAGGAGGAGUUAACCCUCAAAGGUAAUUGUUGCAGUUUAUAAAAACUGCAAGGUUAAGGGUGAUGGGAGUUUGCACCGUGACCACUUCAAUGAGGUGAAGUGGUCUGGGUGCCUGAAGUGUCCCUUUAAUUCACUCUGCCCGAAACGCUGGAAGUGACUGGCAAAAGGUCCAUGGGAGUUGUGGCGUACUAAUAGCUGGAGGUCCAGUAUUUAUUUCAAGAACAUAUACUAAGUUGCAAAGCUGUAAUGACUAUAGCUAUUUAGUUUUAAAGAUAGGAUAUUGAAUUCUUAUUAAUUCUCCCUCCAGUGUGAGCUGCUGUGUUCCUGGAAUAUUGUUCAGACAGCAGUCAAUCUAACGUAGCUCUGGCCAGGAACUGUGAGGUAUGUCUGUAGGAGAGGUUGUAGAAGGUAAUAUCUAAAAUAUUCUAAAUUAAAGAAGCUAUGGCCAUUAUGACUUGCAAAGUAGUGUAUAAUAAUAUAUACCAUCAAAACAGAAUUUAUCGUGGUAGUCUCCCUUUAAAUACUCCAGCUCUAGAACAGUCCACCAUCAGAUAUCCAUAUCUAAGCACAGGUGUAUGAAUAAAAAUGGCUGAUUCGAAAACUGACAUACCUGUAUUCAAACAUGCCUGUUCUUUCGUCUCUGUCUGCAAACUUUGUCUGUCGUUGUCCAUGUCUUAUCUAAACUGGCCUUUAGCGCCCUCUCCUGGCAAUAGCUUUUGCUGCUCCGGCAGUUUUAAUAUUAAAUGCCUGUAUAGGAGGAUUGUAUUGAUUAAUGUUCCGUUCUUUGCUAUACAUUAAUAUUGUAGACGUGGCGAUCAAUAAAAUGUUUACUCACUGGCAAGAUGUGGAUUUGACAUCAUGGUCUCCACUUGGGAAUCCCUUCUUACUGCACACUGGCCUCCCAUUUGUCAUUUUAAUUACAAUGUGAAAAGAGAUGAAAAUUAUUACUGUGCUGUACGAUGGAGCACAGAUUGUGUCAUGGGUCAAAGUGCUGUCAGAUGUUACCCUUUAAAGGGAAACUCCACUCCCAGGAAAACAAUCCAUUUUCCUGGCACUGCAGGUCCCCUCUCCCUCCCACCUCCCAACCCAGGUAGCUGAAGUGGUGAAAAUUGCGUCAGCCAGUGGGCGAGACUGAUCCCGCCCGCCGGCUGAGGAAACCUAAUGGGCAUGCGUGGCAAGGCCGCACACGCGCAUUAGGUCUCCCCAUAGGAAAGCAUUGAAAAAGAUUUUCAAUGCUUUCCUAUGGGGAAUUGAGCGACACUGGAGGUCCUCACACAGAGUGAGGACAUCCAGCGACGCUCUAGCAAAGAAAAUCUUUGCUAUGAAUCAGGAAGUGCCCUCUAGUGGCAUUUUCUUUCUUAAAAUAACGGUAUAAACGUAGAGACUUCUUUAUCUUAAAAGGAGUGUUAAGAUUACAAAAUAAAUAUUUUUGUAUUAUAAUACAUUACUAGAAACACACUAGGCACCAUAACCAUUUCAUAUUGUUGAAGUGGUUAUGGCGCCUGGAGUUCCCUGCAGCUUUCCCUCUGUUCAGGGUUAAACCUCUUUUCAUCAGUUUAACACUGAUUGAGGAUCCCGUGACUGCUAAUGCAGAGACUAUUUCACUAGAUAGGGGGCAAGGCUGCUGGUGGCCAGGUACUCUUUUUCAGAUUUAAACCUUUCUAAAACCACUAGGUAGAAGAGAGAUAAGUGCAAUCAAAGGGUGCAUUUGGAUUCCCCAACACAACUCUGCUCCGUUCGCAAAGGUAACGAAGCAGACAAGCGACUGAUGUAUCACGUUUUAGUAGAAUUUCUACCAUUGCAUUGAAAGGCCAUACACCUGGUACCUUCAUGUCCAGUGCUGCCCUGUUUGAUUACAUGAUGUGUCAGGUUUAUGUAGUGCCAGGCAAUGCCAUUGAAAUAACUCCUGAGAGCGUGUGGAAUUGAUAGCUAUAUGAUAAAACCUGCAUCUCCAUGUCAAUACUAUCCUAGAAUUUUUGAUCUAUUUCUAGAGAUUUCGUCUUGCGAAAGAUACAUUAUAAAAAGUUCAGAAACACUCACUAGAAUUACGCAAGGUCUAAUACAUAUUACAGUACACUGAAAUCAAUAAACAUGUAUAGCUUUGAGCAAGGAAGGGGUUGGGCAAGAGUUUUCGUAAAAGCAUGUGCUGUUAGCUUCAACAAGGAGACAUAGGCUUAUGGGCUGCACCAAAAAAUACUUCUUAAAAGAGUUGUAGAGUGCGUAACAGCCUAACAGCAGGGGUGGUAGGAAAUAUUACAUCAGAAUGGUUCAAUAAAUAUUCUAAAUUCACAAGAGGAUGGCUCUCUUUUCAUUUGCCAUUUUUAAAAUCUUUUGUUAAAGGUUUUUAAAUGGGACAUGUUAUUUUUUUUUUAAAAUACAGAAUUAUUGUAAGACGUUUAAUAGUGAACAGAAACAAUAUCCGAUUUAACGGAAACAUCCGGUAUUUUUAAGCUAUGGACUCUGUCUGCCUCACUAAGCAUGUGAGCUAAUCUAUUGGACAGAUCCACGUGGGCUACAUACACUCACAUGAGGAGAUACUGGUUUGUUAUGAGCAGGCUGACUUUGAGACGUAUCUUCAAAUCAUAUCUACACAGUAUUGGUGAAAAGUGCUAUUUGCUCGAGCACACAGUGGUCCAUAUUUGAUGUCCUGCUAUGUUAGGGGCGCGUAAUUCUAAUUUGAUUAUAGCAAUCAUUAUCCUCAAUGGAAAUGUUGUAAAUGAUUCCAUUAUGAGACAGGUUGUAGCGCCAUCUAGUGACCGAAUUGGUGGCCUGAAUCAAACACACUUUUCAGAGAUCAUUUUUGACUAUUGUUUUAAUUUAGUUGUGUUUUUCUAAUGUCUCUUUUCUCUAAAAGGAUAAUGCAGAUUUUAUUGUGACCUUUUCAUGAUUGUUUUAUGUGACAUUCUUCCAAACAUCCACAGUAACCAAAACAGAACUAGGGUUUUCUUUAAUACAGUCAGUGUCAUGCAGGCUUGAUAAAGACUGUUACAGGCCGAAACAUUGCCAGAUCCACAAAUGGCACAAGAAAGCUUUGUGUUGUGAAAUUUCUUUAUUCUUUUAUGCCAUUUUCAUACACAAGCUAUUGGCUCUGUUUAAAAUUCCUGUUCUAAUGGAACAAAAAUUUUCACUCAGUUAACCACUUGAGAGGUCUGAAGCACAGAAAACAUGGUUUUUCACAGAACUGUAUAACUUGGAAAAAAAAAAAACACAUCCUGUAGAUGUUCAAUUUAAUUGGUUUUCAUUUGCUCUGACAGAACUGGUCCCCUCCUGGAUGUGAGAAGUUGGGAAAAUGUCUAACCCCACCAGAGUCUAAGCCCUGGAAGUGUGUCUGGCCUCACUGAUUGAUGGUCUACAUGUGGUCAGGGUGGAGUGAGUAGACACUGAAGCUCUGUGCUACAGGCAAUUAUAACCAAUGCUAUGCUCUCUGAAUUCUCCAGCAAUCAAACUGCAGCUGUAGGGGAGCAAGAAGGACUCCCACAAUUCCAUGUUUAGAAUAUGCAGCCAGCAUUGCUUUGCAUCUCAUGGAUUCUUGGUGGGACACUGGAAAUACGGUCAUGACUGAUGGAAAAGACUGUUGAAUAGACCCGACACCCACAAAAACUGUUACAUAAUUAAAGAACGGUUAUCCAUUCCAGCCACUGUACAGCAAUUCUGCAGAAGUAAAGAACGGUUCUCCAGUCUGUGUAUUGGUUGCAGUUUUCUCCAGGAUGUGGACAACCAGCGUUCUUCUGUAUUCUCUUGAGGAGGUUUUUAAAUAAAAAUAAAAAAUAAUUGAAAACUUU